UGUUGUCUCUAUGGAAACUCUAUCAAUUUGAUUCAUCUCAUAAUGACACAAAACAAAGCACUAAUAACUAAUAUACUUUCCUAUGUUGUUCCCCUUUUAAUUUACUAUAUACUCUUUUCUUGUUUUCUUGAAGAUCUACUGGCCUCUGCAACCAUAUUCCUGUAGAAAGGUUUGUAUUGAUAAUUUGAUAUACAUAAACAUGGGAGAAGAAGAGGAAAAUCCUCCAGCCCAUCAUUCACCUGAGAAGAAGAAUGAGAGAGCUCUAUCCCUUGUGCCACUUCCUCCUGCCUCACAAAGUAUAUAUUUUCUCUCUUCUUUUCCUUUCUAUAUAUUUCUUGGGGAAAAACAAAUAAAUGCAUCUGUCUUCUUUUCUACAUUUGAAAGGAAAAGAACAAGGAAAUCAGAAUUUUGUUUUCAUUUUUAGCCUUCUCUUUUAUGGUUUGAAAUUUUAACUGUCUGAAUCUUGAUUGGUGAGACAGAUGGUGCAGGGAGUGCCAAGGACAGAGGUGAUUUAUUAGUUUGUUAAUAACUUUUGGGCUGCCUUAAUUAUCUUGAUUUUGUUUUUAAUUUUACUCUUAUACAAUAAUAGAUGGUGCCCUGGCUAGAGUGGAAUUGGAGAAAAGAUUGGCUUUGAUCAAAGCAUGGGAAGAGAAUGAAAAAACUGUAGCUGACAACAAGUUAGUAUGAUUUUUCCUUGUUUUCUUUGGUACCUUUGACUUGUCUCUCUAAUAUAUAGGAUGACAUACCCACUCAGGGCACACAAAAAGCUGACUGCAAUUAGAUCAUGGGAAAACAUUAACAAGGCGACUAUGGAUGCUCAACUAAGGCAGAUUGAGGAAAAUAUUGAGAAGAAGAAGGCUGAACAUAGAGCAAAAAUGAAGAACAAAGAAGCUGAAAUUCACAAGGUGGCAGAUGAGAAGAGGGCAGUAGUUGAAGCACAACGAAAGGAAGAGAUCCUCAAGGCUGAGGACAUGGCUGCAAAAUUCAGAUCAAGCGGCUACACUCCCAAGAGGUUUUUGGGGUGGUUUGGCUGCUAA